GAGACCGGAGAUUCCAAAAAAAUCAACACCGAUGGGAAGGGGAAACAAUCGGCGACGUUGCAAUGCAGAAACCAAAAGCAAAGAGAAGCCGAUGGUGAUCGAAAUCUCGUCUUCCUCCGAUGAAGAAACGAACGGGAAUAAGAGAGGAGCGGAGGAGGGGAGGAGGAGGAGGAAAAGGAUGAGGAUAUAUUCGGAUGUGGAGGUGAAGACGGGGGAGGAGAAGCGCAAGGAAGAGGAGGACUGCUGCAUUCUUCCCUUCGAUCCCUUCGACGCCGAUCUCAACGAGAAGCUCGCCCUCCCCGCCGCCGAGCACCUGCUUGAUGACCUCUCCAUCAUCGCAGAACGAGGCCAGGUGGCCUGCAGAGAUUAUCCUCACUCACGGCAUCUGUGCACUGAAUAUCCCUUUAGCAAGUCAUCCCACGAAACCUGCUGCUUCAAGUGUUAUUGCUAUGUAUGUGAUGUAGCUGCUCCCUGCAUGUUUUGGAAGGGGCCAAAUGGACAUUGCAAUGCAUCCGAUCAAGAUAAGUCAUGGAAGGAAAUGAGGAAAGUUCAGCGACAAAUUAAGCCAUGCCUAAUCAAAACUCAUUUCUAGUUUUCAAGUUUGCAAUCAACUUCAUUAAGUUGCAGCACAGGAGAAAGGGACUUGAAAAAAAACAAAAAAGUCGCCAUACUUUUGGUUUCAAAGGAAUUUUGUAAGAGCUUUCUGAGGGAUACUUGUAGCUGGCAUGACCUGUUUUUUGAUGUUUCCACUGCACUCGGGCUUAACAUGUGCUAGUUGAGCUGAGGCAUGUGGCUCAUGAAGUGCAUUGGUCCUCGUAUGGUUGAUGCGAAGAACAAGCGUCUUUAUAUAUAUAUAUAUAUAGAGAGAGAGAGAGAGUGUGUGUGUACUAUGAAGAAAAGUUGAACAUAUGUUACCACAGUUUAUCCAAGUUAAAGUUAUAUGGUG